AUGAAAUUUGCUACGUUCGAAGAAGUGAUAGAUGGCCUUUUCAGCAAAGAUGCUUAUGAGCAACCAUGUGAUACAGAUAAUGUCGAGGACUUGGAAAUUGAACUACCAGAAUGGUUUGACGAAAAAAAAUAUAAUCAGGGUCGUCGCUUUCAAAAGGACUUUUUCUUCAUGCAGUCAAUAUCGAUGAUUUUGGGUUUGAUCGCCGUACUGGCUAUCCCCACCAUCCUAAGUGUUCUGGUUGGAACCCGACGCUCGAACUCACAGUACACAGCCUUCAAACGAUAUUGGUCAACGUAUUCACACGUUAAUUCUUGGUUUGACCAUGAUCUGAAACCAGGUAGCCUAUCGUGGCGGUCUCUCCAAACCAUACGGUCCCACCAUCUAGUAGCUAGCCGCGCUUCUAAGAUUAAAGGCCAUGGAACUGUCUCUCAGCGUGAUAUGGCCUUCACACUGUUUGGCUUUAUAGGUUUUACGCUUUUAAAGCCGAAUAGACUGGGUAUACGAGCUUUGCAGCCCGGCGAUUGGGAGGCAUUCAAUCAUUUCUGGGGUGUAAUAGGUCACGCACUUGGCUUGGAGGACAGGUACAAUAUUUGCCGCAAAAAAUACGAUGAAACCAAAGAAAUCUGCCGGAUCCUACAGGACAAAGUGUUCACGCCAUGUCUAACAAGUCCACCAGACUAUUUUGAGCACGCUGCUCACGUAAUGGCAUCAGGCUUGAACACCAUUCACCCAGCUAUAGAUCACGACGCUUUGGUCUAUCUUACCAAGAACUUAUCGAACGUACCAGGCUACGUUUAUACCGAGGAAGAUAGACUGUCUCUGGAAACAAAGUUACAAAAACAACUUAACGGAUUAAACAAUGACGCGGGCGUGAAUGCGACCAACUUAAUAGAAAAGUGCCCCAUAGAUUUCUUACCAAACUCUUCACCAAUAAUCCUUUAUGCGAAAGACUACAAAACAUUGGACGACUCACCACAGUACAAGCGUCUUUCUUUGUCUUCAAAAUUAAAAAUUGCAGCUCACGACCUGAUUUUAAGUUUAUAUAUAACUAAUAUCGGUCGAGUUAUUCUUAAUUUGCAAUUUUACUGGACUGUUUUCAUAGGUACCUAUUUGCCAUAUGUUGCUAUGUGGAGGUUCGGUAUAAGGCAAGCUUAUGUAAGUAUAUUUAAAAUGGGUCCAACUGACAAUGUUGUACCUCUUCCUAAUUCUAAAUAUUAUAAUCGAGAGCCUAAGUCGUGGUUUAAGGAAAUAUGGGACUGUUUUUGGUAA